ACUCGGCUCCGCGAUUGCUGCUGGUCCCAGACGAGCAGGAACAUGGCUCCAGCGAAGCGCUCUGGUGUGGUCCGCGCUCGAGGGCCCCGAGGGCCCCGAACCCGAGGAGCCCAAUCCCAGGGCGGACCGGCAAGAAGCCCCGAAUUCAAGAAGAAGAAGCUCCUGCAACAGAAACGGACAUGGCGGGCGAACACGCAGAAGGCUUUUUCAGGCAGCGUUCGCGAGGGACAAGGAUUUGCAUUUCAGAGAAAACAAAAAAUUCAGCAGGAGUACAAAAAAUUACUAAAGAAAGAAAAAAAGGCAAAGAUUUCUCAAGAGUCUCAGUUUACAGAAAAAUAUCCUGAGCAUUUAAAACAUCUUUAUUUAGCUGAAGAAGAAAUGCUCAGGAAACAAGAUAAAAAAGAAAAAGAACAAUUGCCAGAAGAAAAGUCUAGCGUGUCGAUGAAGUAUGUUUUCUCUCUCUUGUUUAAAUCCUGGAAUUUAAAACCAGGCUUUGUUGGCUAUUUUGACGAAGCCCUGUUGCCACUCCAAGAAGAAAUAAGAAGAAAACAUCAAAUCAAAAAGCAAAAGAAGAAUAUGAGCAGGUACAAGCUAAGCGUGCAGCUAAGAAGCAGGAGUUUGAAAAAAGAAAACAAGAGAGAGAAGAAGCACAACAGCGCUAUAAAAAAAAGAAAAUGGAAGCUUAUAAAAUAUUGAGCAAAAAAACAAAAAAAGGACAACCAAAUCUCAACUUACAAAUGGAGUAUCUUCUAAAGAAAAUACAAGAGAAAAAUUGAAACAUUUUGUCCUUUAAUAAACAUUAAACAAUAUA